AUGACCCUCUCGACAACACGGCCUGCCCUCAGAGCGCUUCACCGCGCCCCUUUCUACUGGCGACCUGGGACCUCUCUUCUCGUCCAGCACCGAUGUUACGUCGCAAGUGCCAAUGCUCCGCGAGCGCGUAAACCUCCUCCGCCUGAAGCCCCGAAGUCGAAGGAGGAAGCACUAGAGCUCAUGGGUCGCGUGCGGUGGCUACAAGACAGUGGGACGGCGGACGUGAAUAGUAUGGAGGUCGAGCUUUCAGACCUCCACAUCCCCACAAUGUUCGCGAAGAAGUCAGGAGCGGGACUCUUUGAUCAUUUGACUCAGCUCUCGAAAAACGUACGGAAUCGGUUCCACAACAUGAUCUCUAUGUACUACAUGGCCAAAGCUCAGUCGGUUCCUGGGAUCAAGGUCAAGUCGCCAUUCAGCCCGCAGCUUUUCUUCUCUCAUUCCACGAGAUCUACGUCUUGGCUUGCGCCGUUCCGUAAGGGAGCGUUAGAGAGUUACCUGCAACUGAAUGAAGCCAUCGCAGCCCGUGAUACGAAGAAGAUCAGGUCACUGUCCACCGGAAGCAUGGUCCAAGAGUACAACAAGAUUAUACACAGUCAGGACCCUCGAUACUCUCAAGUCUGGAGAUUCCACGGAGAGCGGACACCAUGCCAGGUGGUGAGCUUACGCGCACGAGACUCUUUUGUUGGCAGCAGGCAGCCGGAACACGGUAGCACUCUGCUUGUACAAGCCCUCGUCCGAUUCGACACGUUGCAGAGCGUGGAGACACGACUAAACAAGACUGGCGCUCUCGUCAGCCAGAGUGAAGUCCGCCCAGUGGUCGAGUAUCUCGUCUUCCAAAAGCGCAUGUGGCAGUACACGCCAUGGGUCAUCCGGGAUCGCCUCUACGAGGGACUGGAGACGAAGGUCUCCACUGUCGGCUUGUAG